AUGAUGUUAGUUACCAGAUAUGGUCUUUUCCUGAUCGCUUCAAUCUUAACAAUAGUGAAGGCUGAACUACCAGGUACUUCCAGCACGAACGAAAUAAACCAGACCCCAAAAAGACGAUCCACAUUUAUAGGGGGUACAUUAUACCCCCAAGCAUCAGAGACAAGAGACCUAAAAAGACUGGACGGCAUAUGGAAAUUCAGAAAAUCACCCACCGACCCUGAAUACGGUCAAAGGAAUGGCUGGUACGAACAGGAUCUAGAAAAGACUGGUCCGGUGAUUGAUAUGCCGGUGCCUUCUUCAUACAACGACGUGGGCGAGGAUCCUUCUUUGAGGGACCACGUUGGCCUGGUGUGGUAUGACCGACGUUUCUACGUCCCAGGCUGGUGGCAGACCACGGGACAGCGAGUGUGGCUGAGAUUCAGUAGCGUACAAUAUGCUGCUCUAGUUUAUGUGAACGGUCAAGCGGCGACUUAUCAUGAGAUAGGACACCUUCCAUUCGAAGUGGAGAUCACUGAUAUGGUCUCAUACAACACGAGCAAUCUACUCACCGUCGUAGUUGACAACACAUUACUCAGUGACACCGUACCUCAAGGCAUUAUAAAGGACAUAUUUGUGGGGAACAACAAAAUCCGUCAAGAACAGACAUACACAUUCGAUUUCUUCAACUACGCUGGUAUCCAUCGCUCCGUGUUCCUAUACUCAACGCCGCAAAUAUACAUAGAUGACGUCAUCGUUAAUACAGACAUACAAGGACUCACAGGCUUCGUAGUUUAUAACGUAACGUACAAGGGUAAUUCGCGGGCGCAAUGCUUCGUACAAUUAUACGACAAAGUUGGCAAUCAAGUGACAGCGGCUAAUGAGUGCGCUGGUCUGUUGGAGAUCGGGAACGCUAACUUCUGGUGGCCUUAUCUGAUGCACCCGGAACCAGGUUACCUAUAUACUUUGAAGACGUCAUUAAUAGGCUCGCUCGGUGAAAUUAUAGAUACUUACAGUCUCAAAGUUGGCAUCAGAACUGUGACGUGGACGAACACAUCGAUCUACAUCAACGAUAAGCCCAUCUACCUCAGGGGAUUCGGCAUGCAUGAAGACUCAGAUUUGCGUGGUAAAGGCUGGGAUCCGGUAUUGUGGGUGAAGAAUUUCAACUUGAUAAAGUGGAUCGGCGCUAACGCGUUCCGUACCUCCCACUAUCCUUACGCCGAAGAAAUAUAUCAACUGGCUGAUGAGCACGGCAUCAUGGUCAUUGAUGAAUGCCCCAGUGUGGAUACCGAUAUAUUCUCGGAUUCCCUGCUAGAGAAACACAAACAGUCCCUCACUGAACUCAUAAGACGUGAUAAAAACCACGCCAGCGUCAUCAUGUGGUCUAUCUCCAACGAGCCGAGGUCCGCUAACAUAAGAGCCGAUGCGUAUUUCCAAAAAGUUGCUAAACAUGUCAAAUCAAUGGAUCUAUCUCGACCGAUAACUAUAGCUAUAGCACAAAGCCACAUUGCUGAUAGAGCGGGUCAACAUCUAGACGUGAUAUCUUUCAAUCGUUACAACGGCUGGUACUCCAACACCGGCUCGUUAUUAAACAUCGCGUCCAACGUCGCAGAUGAAGCUACAGCCUUCAACAUCAGAUACAAUAAACCCAUCAUCAUGAUGGAGUACGGAGCUGACACCAUCGCUGGCCUACAUUUGUUGCCAGAAUACGUUUGGUCUGAGGAGUACCAAGUAGCGUUGAUGUCGGAACACUUCAAGGCUUUCGAUCGUUUGCGGCAGGCGGGUUUCUUCGUGGGAGAGUUCAUAUGGAACUUCGCUGACUUUAAAACUGCUCAGACAAUAACUCGAGUUGGCGGCAACAAGAAGGGUAUAUUCACGCGUUCGCGCCAACCGAAGGCGUCCGCUCACCACCUCCGCGAGCGUUACCUCGCGCUCGCCGCCGCCGACACUAACUCGCCACCACCUGAAUCACCAUACUACGUCAGCGACCACCUACCACUUAAACAUGAAGAAUUAUAA